UCGUAUGGCCAGACCAGCAAACCAAAAAUCUACAAAGAAUUAUAAGGGAGCUGGAUGGUGGAAAUCUAAAGAAACUGCUGGAUCAGCCGACGCAUGGCCAGACAAGACAGACUUUAAUUCUUAAUGCCUACUGGAGCUGGGUAUACUAUGAGUUCAGUACUCUCUCCAUCCCAGCUGGAUUUCACGUUUCAUUGAAAAAAAUGAAAAACAAGCACAAGAAUUUGUCUACUACUCCUGGAGUUUCGAAAUAUAGAGACCAAAUCUCCCAGGAGAACAUAGAAGAGAUUAUUCGGACGGACAGAAGGGCGGGAAAUCUGGUGAAUAAACUUCGAAAUGUUACUGGGGGAGGAAGAGAGGUGGAAUGUGUGCCUCCGCUGGAUGCGGAAAUAUUUAGAGAUGAGGAGAAUAUUAGAAACAGGUUUGGACCGAUCGACAUCGGGUAUUCUACCUUCUCAUCAACUCAGCUAAGCCAGGAGGAGGAGGAGGAGGUGGAGUCACAGGAUUUAUUGGCAACGGCAAUUUCUCAAGGAAUUAAUUUUUUCUACUAUAUUAGGAAAAUACAUAGAUAACAAGAAAACUGUAGCAUAGGAUGACGACAUUAAAGCAAUACUGAAUUUAAAAUUAUAGCUUUUAACUUAUAUUAAAUAAAAAAAAUAGUGUAUUAGGCACAUAUGUAAAAAAUUAAUUUCAACAGAGAUGCCGUUCUUGAAUCAGAAGGUGGAAAUCUCCAUACCCUCCCCCCCAGUGAACUAUUAUGCCAAUUAUGGAAUUGGUAUCGCAACUAAUUCUGGGCAGGCAACAGCCACAGUAAGUUCGUCUGCUAUUGAUCGAGCGUGUGCUCUGACCAGAGCUUGCUUUCCUGCAAGAUAUCUAGGAGAUGAGAUAGCUCAAACUCAAGCUCCAGCUCCAGCUCCAGCUCCACCUCGAGCUGCACCUCAAGCUCCAGCUCCAGCUCGGGGUAGGGCUCGAGUGCCAGCUCCGGCGGUAGGUCCUCUUCAGGAAGCCAUAGACAGAGUGGCCAAUCGUAUUGGAAACAAUGCUGCUCUGGAGGAAGCACAGAUAGCUUUAAUCCAAGCUCAAACUAGAACUGCUCAAGCACAGGAGGACAAAUUUCGUCAGGAUGCCAGGCUGGCAGAAAUAAAGACAAGAAGGGAGGAGGAGCUGAUACAUCAAGAAGCCGAAUUUCAUGCUAAAAGAAUGAAACUUUUUGAUAAUUACUCUGAUGUCCUUAAGGUUAACUUAAUAGAAUUUAAAAUUUUUUUUUCUUGGGUGUUCUAAUGCUUGAUAUCUCUUUUAAUUUCUGCCCCCCCCCCACACACCUUUUCCUUUUGGAGAUCUUUUUUUUCCCAGAAGUAAUGUAUAAUUUUAUUCUUAAACCUAUGAACCUUAAUCUUAUCAAUAAUGGGGACAAUACACGGUGAGUAAAAAAAAAUGUGAUUUGUGGCGCCUGGUGCAAAAUUUUACCUUUUUUUGUGUAACUCUCCUGGUUGGUGUUUUUUCACUAUUUUUUA